GCCCAUGUCCCCUUCACCCCACAAGUAAAAUAAAAGUACAUUUUUAUUGCACUCAAUAAGGCCUAUCAAACCAAGUAAUUUAUACGCCAUCAGCCAUACUGCUGACGUCAUAGUAGAAUAAUUGAUCUUGCAAAACUAAAACCAAUAUUCGACUCUAUAGGCUCGCAAAAAAGUGUAUACUCUUUCGUAUUUCUUAACCAAAAGUAUAAUCAUUACGCGUCAGACAACACAAAUUGCAACUAUCUCUUUUAUGCGUGUUUUUUUAUCCCGUAAGCUGAAGUGAGAUAAAGAUAACAUUCCCUCGCAUACUCGAGCGCUGACGGAUAUUUGGGGUCAUAGAACGUGUUUAAAUUUCGAAACUAGUUCCGUCCAAUACGAUGCCUUUGAAUUCAGAACGCCGCUAUUGGUUAGGGUGGCCUGUACUAAAAACGCGCGCAUCAUCGAAAAAUCGAUAAAACUGUCGUGUUUUUCUUAGACGGUGCGGUCAAAUCAUCGUAUUGUUUGAGUUUCCUGUGAGUUUAGUGGUACGGGGUGUCGGAGCGGCUUGAUAGGCGCUUUAUGUUAUUCGUGCAGCUAUUUUGUGAGGCAACAUGUCGGACAGAACGUUCAUGUAGUUUUAAUUUCAUUUAAACACGAUUCCUUUAAGAUAAGUGUGUUGUGGAUGUGCCCAUAGCUGCCAAACAGCAAUGAUGCAGCAACAAAUAUGCCAGCCGGACCAAAUGGGCCAACCACAACAACAGCAGCAGGUGAUGCUGUGCCCAGUCCGAUUGAUCUACGAAACGCAGAUCCUAGUCCAGCCAGGCGAACAGAUCCAACCGAAUCAAACGCUCUUCAUAAAUCCACAAAACCCACCGCCAUGGAUACAGAACCAGGUCCGGCCCCAAAACCAGGUCAUAUACAUGCAGCAGAUGCCAAGCAACAUGAUGCCUUCCGUCCCUCAGCACAUGGACCAAAAUCAGAUGUACCUGCAGAACCUGCAGGGCUACUACCCACAGCAGAUGAUACAGAUGGACCCCAGGCAAAUGUCCAAUGUAGUCCAAAUGAUGCCAAAUAUCGGACAGAUUACUGGACAAAACGUUAAUAUAGGUCAAAAUGUAAUAAACGUAGGCCAAAACGUUAGUAACAUUGCUCCAAAUGUAAUAAAUACAGGACAAAAUGUAAUGCCAAUAGGUAAUGUUGUACAAAAUGUACAGAAACCUGCUAAUGUCGGUGUUAAUAUUGCUCAAAACCAAAAUAUGGCAAGUAUAGUUAGCAAUGAUAGGGUUUACAAUAGUAACAUGCCGAAUACAAUGCCAAUGGCAAACCAAAAUACAAUGACUAAUGCUACCCAAAUACAAGAUCGGACAGGUAAUAUGAAUCAGAAUUUAGUAAAUAUGCAGAAAGUCGCAGAAUUGCAAGGGAUGAGACAACAAAAUGUGAGACAACCACAAGUCACAGUGUCUCCGAUGCAAAAUGUAAAAUAUGCUCCAAACACUGUUGAUUUUAGACAAAUUGCUCCACAAAAUGUUGGUGAUAUCAGAACAGUAAACAGUCCAAGACCAAUGACUAUUACUAGCAACAUACCAAAUAAUGUUAUGCAAGCUAAUGCAUUAAAUAAAAAAGUUCCUUUACCAAGCAAACCAAAUCCUCCUGUCAUGACAAAUCCAGUCAGGCAUUACAAUCAGACUUACUAUAGACACAUACAACCUAAACCAAUGAGUGUAACGCCAAUGCAAAAUCAGUACAUGCCGAGCGGUACCCAGACUAUAACUGGACCUAGGCCAAAUCAAAGUCUUAACGAAAUAAAUAGGAAAAGAAAGAGCGAAUCACCCGAUGACACUAAAAGGAAAAUACCUAAUAAUCAGGCUGUAAGCAUAGAAACCGCUAAUGGUACAACUAUUAGCUACAUACCCACCCCAGUUAGAGACUUUAAGCUAGUGUCAAGGAAUGUCGAGACUGCAUCUACCGGAACACAAGCCAAUAUCGCUAAGGAAAAGCCUCAAGUUGUUGAUAUGAAAGUCAUACCACCGACUAAAGAUAAUGCUCAAAUCGAGAGCGAUAAGUUAGUUAGAAACACAGUUUUUACUCAAGCAGCUCAAGCCCUGAAUCGACCUCUAUUAAGAACUGAACCUCUACCGGUGCAACCGGACGUCGUGAUACGUAUAGAAAAAUUGCAUUCUCCAACAAAAAUUACACCUACGGAACCCAUGAAAUUUGUCACAUCAGAGGGAAACACGGAACCAGUAAAGCCAGAAACAUCAAAACCGAAUACAGAAAUAGUGAAAAUAGAAACAGCGAAAUCAAAUGCAGAAUUACCGAAAAUGGCAACAUCGAGACCUAAUAUAGAAUUAUUAAAACUAGAACCAACGGCACCAGUUAAAGAACCAUUAGUAAUAGAUACAUCAGCACCAAAUUCUAUACCUUUUGUAUUAAGUGCAUCAAUAAAUGAACAAAAACCGAAUACAAACAAGUCACCACUACUAAGUAAACCAGAAAUUUUAUUGAAAAUAGAAUCAAGAGCAAGUGCAGAAUCUUUAGCUACAAGUAAAACGCCAGAACCUAAAACGCCAAAACGAAGCACAGAAACACCGAAAAUAGAAACAAUCACAAAGCCAGAACAACAAACAGGAACACCUAAAAUAGAAACAGUUACAAAGCGGAAAGAAGUUAUAAAACCUGGUAAAGUUAAAAAAGAAGAAACUCUCAAAUCAAAAACAAAUAUUAAAGAAGAAAAAAUGGAAGCAACAAAAUCAGAAGUAGAAACAAAAAGUGCUAAAGUAGAAGCUAAAGAGGUUAAAGAAGUUAAUAGAAAAUUCACAGUUACUUCAAUAAACGAUUUUAAAGGAAGCGAACUGCAGAUAGCCAAUGGUAGUGUGCGGAAAGAAGAUACUGAUCAUUACAUAUUAACGCAUGUUUUGGAUGGAUAUGUUAUACAAGAGUCUAAUACAGCUUUCCCUAUCCGCAAACCGCUAAAAGAGAAAAUAAUUUACCAAAACUCAGAUCUAUCGUUAGAGCCAAAGAGAGAAGAAACGUAUAAGCACAGAACAGAAGAUGGGAAGCUUAUAAAAGAUAAUAGUAAAAUACUGAGCAUUUCCGAUUUAAACCUGAAUGAAGAUGAGGCGAUAGAAAGUGAGGCUGACACUGUGAAAAGUAAAGAGGAAGCGGAAAAUAGUGAAGAUGCUAAAACUAAAAGUGAAGAAAAAUGCGACGAAGAUUCGGAUCAACCUUUCGCGACUCUAAUGCCAUCUACGAUCAAGUCUUGGACGGUCGAUCAGCUGGCGUCCCACCUGUCAAAAUACAACUGGGCGGAGACAAUCUCAGUGUUGUCAGAGCACGAGAUUGACGGAGAAUCCUUGUUUUUGGUGAACAAGCAACAGCUGGUGCAGAUCGGGGUCAGUGAAACGCACGCUGAUGUUAUAUGCGAGUUUAUAAAGAAUAGUUAAAUUAUAGAAAGUGUAUAUAAUAUAGCUAUAGUGAGAUAUUGUAUUAUCUAUGACUGUGCGUAAAUGCGUGCGAAACAAGCGACAAGUCAGUUGUGAACUUUUAUGGGAUCUUCAUAGGUACUAUUUGACAGCUGUCAAGUGACAGAUAAAUAAUGUGUCCCAUACCCGCCAGGGCGGCGCCACAGUUGUGCACGGAGCGAAUAUAAUCCAAUCAUGAACGUAUAUUUUCGAUUUAAGGAAGAAAUUAAUAAAAAUUACUCGGAGCUCGCGUGCAGGCAAGGUUGUGUGUUGUUGCGGUUCGCAAAAAAGUAUUUUUCGUGGAAAUAAUCCACUGGUUCAGAGUGAUCUUAAGUGUAAUUUGAAAGUGCAACCCUGCAAUGGACUAUGGGUAAGUAGAUAGAGAGAAAAAAUAUAACGUUAGGUAUUAUUAAUCUUGAUUUAUACAGGGUGUAUUAACCCUGUCCAUCCAGUUAUUAAAAUGGUAUACGGUAUGUACAUACUUUAGUACCUAUAUGUUAAAACAUCCUAAGAUUCCUAAGUAAUUGUUGUGCCAGUAGAGAAACUGAUAAAACUAAUAAGAUUUUUGUGUCUAAAUAUAUACUACAAUCAGUUUUUUCAAUUGAUGUAUAAUUGUUGUGACUGAGUAGCUGAAGCAAGCAUUGCCAAGGUGAUUAAAUGUGACCCAAAUCAAAUAGUGAAUUGAUCUGCUAUUUUUAACCUAUUUUUGCAUCGCAUGUAAAUAUUACCUACGCCUACCCCUUAUUCAUAAAACUUCACAAGCUGCAAUGAGGGCUACCGUUUUUGUGCUCACCAGUUGGCGCCACUGUAGAUGUAGGUCCAGAAAAACAGAUCUCAAAAUUCUUCUAUGCUUAUUUUUAUAAAAUCAAUACGUUCUAAUAUACACAAAGGUAUUUUAACGUCUAAAUGUGCCAUUUUUUUAACCUGUUUAAUUUUGCAUAUAAUUUAGUUGGCACUUUUUUAAACUACUAAAAUUUAUUGAGCUAUAUCUAUUGUUUACUAUGAUUAAUCAAAGAUGGACAAAUACCGUCAGAGGCAAAAAAUUAUUUUUAACAGAUUUAACUAUUUAAACAUCGGGAUUUAGAAUCGAAUUUUGACUCUUUGCUGAUUCGAUAUCGAGUGGAUGAGAACUUGAGAAGCGAGGUAGGCGAGGUGUUAUAAAAAAAGAUUCUAUUUGUUAUGAAAACAAAAAACUGGCCUUAAUAUUUUGCUCAUCUUGUAAUGUCUGUCGUUUUAUUUAUAAUUUACAUAACUAACUAGUUAUAAGUAUCUAAAGUCUAUUUUUUAUAUUCUUGUGGUUUAAAGACUUGAUUCCUAUUGGACUGUUACCGUUACAGUGACAUUAGUGACCUAUUUUAAAAGCUGUAUUUUAAAAAUUACUUUAUACCUAGCUCUAAUUUAGAAAAUAAAACAUUUUGGGUUCGUUUCUAAGAUCCACGAAAGUAAUCCAAUUUGUAUGUGAGCUCUAUUGACAUGACCGCAACGAAUAAUAUUGCUGACUUUACAUCUAUAGUUUGUCAAGCAAAGCUUGUCAGUAGAAAAAGGCGGCAAAUUUAAAAAAUGUAGGCGAGAUCGGUUAUCGUCCGUCAAAAAAUUUGAAUUUCGCGCCUUUUUCUACUGACAAGAUUUACUUGACCAACUAUAAUUUAUAAAUGUCACUUUUGGCAAUGGCAAUUGUCAAUAAUAGUCAAUAAGUAAGUCGCUUAACUUCAAACUUGGGUAAAUCCAACUGCCAGAUUUUUAGAUUUUGGUAUUAAGAAAAGGUAAUAGGGUAGAUAGUAGAUAGGUACUUAUUUCCUAUGAGGGUCGAAUGGAUUUACCCGAAUUUGAAGUGAAGCGAUACAAGUAUAAGCACGUCUCAUAAAUUUAAUCUUCUAAGUUUUUCAUAUGAGCAAAUUCUAUACAGUAAAAAAUGUCAAGAGUGGAUAAAAUAAAACGUCAAUUGAUAUACCUAUUUUUGUCACUUAACUUCAAACUUGGAUGAAUCCAUUCGACCCUCUCAGCAAAUAUCUACCCUUACCUUUUCUUAAUACCAAAAUUGCAUAAUUGACAGAUGGAUCUACCAGAGUUUAAAGUUAAGCGACUCAUUUGUGUAUUUAGUGUAUUUUUAUAAUCUAAAAUACACUUUUAAGUUAUAAUGCGUGUUGAAAUAACAAAUCUCACAUUUAAACUGUCGGUGACAAGAAAAUAUGACAGUAUGUCAAUAAUAUGUCUGCAUCGAAUGAUAUUACAUAAAUCAGAAAUUUGGGGGUCUACUGGAAAAAUCUACAAGUUACAAUUUUACAAUUGAAAAUUGGCAACACUGGUGUCAUUGCCUCUUGUCAUUGGUCAAGUACAUUUAUCAAUGUUGCCGGUUGUAACUUGUAAUAUUACAAAACAGGGCCUAGGUCAGAAGAAGAUCCUACAAUGAACGAAAAAAGUAUUUGUAUUUAAUAUAAAAAAAAUUGUAAAUAAGAAAUUUUAUACGUGAGACGAAGGGAUAAGGCUGCAA